UCUCCCCGUCGUCAUCCACCCCAGUGCCCACAACCGCACCAACUCACCGGCGGGCGGCGGUGCCGUGCUCGUGGCGAUCCCGAUAGUCUCCGGCGGCAGGUAGGGCAGAUUCGCAGUCGGAGGCAUGGACGUGGGGGACGUCCUCACCGCCGAGAGGGGUGCGGCGGCUGACGGCCUUCCCGACGACGCCCUCGUGGAGAUCCUCUCCCGCGUCCCCGUGAGGUCCCUCCACCGAUUCAAAUGCGUCUCGAGGACCUGGCGCGACCUCAUCGCCGACCCCCUCAACCGUAAGCGCCUCGCCCAGACCCUCGAAGGCUUCUUCUGCAGCGCCGGCACCGGUGCCGACUUCCACGGGCGCUUCAUCAGCCUGCCGGGGAGAUCCGCGCCUCUCGUCGACCCUUCCUUCUCCUUCCUGACGAAGCUGCCUGGGAUUGAGAACUUCAAGCUCUUGGGUUCCUGCAAUGGGCUCUUCCUCUUUGAGCACGGCUGGAAUAGCGGCAUCGGCGGACCGGAUUACGCCGUUUGCAACCCUGCCACUGAGCAAUGGGUGACUGUGGCCAGCUCCGGCUGUCCUCUUGAUCCCCCUUCAGAAGCAGCAGACACCUAUUUGAUUUUUGAUCCGGCCGUAUCACCGCACUUCCACUUGGUCCAUAUGUGCCAGAAGGAUUGUAUGGGUGAGAUUGAGGUGCGUGCCUACUCUUCUGAGACUAGGGUGUGGAGUGACAGGACAAGCCAACAGAGUCGAUGCCAAGAUGAAGGUGGAUUGGAACAAUUGGUUAAUGGUGGAGCCAUACUGAAUCCCACGUGGGGCAGUGCCUUUGUUAAUGGCAUGCUGCAUUUAGUCAUCUACCACGUUGCUGGGGAGUAUGUGAUAGCUGCGGAGUAUGUGAUAGCUGCAAUGGAUAUGGAAGGGAAGACGUGUAGGAUGAUCACCUGGCCAGAUCAGAGCGUAUUUCUUCCUUUUGUUGGUCAAUCCCAAGGGCACCUGCAUUGUGUGGGCACACUUAGGGAAUGGGAAGGAGAUUGUUUGAAAUGGGCUGGACUGUCCAUUUGGGUUCUUGAGGACUAUGAUACAGAAGAAUGGGUCCUCAAGCACAGGGUGAGCUUCUUGGAGCUGUUUGGACAAAUGAAUUCCCUAGACAGUUUUAACAGCAUCGUGCUCUCCAUUCAUCCGGAUCGCAAUUUGAUUUUCAUUCUUCAACACAGCAACCAGAAGCUGAUAUCGUAUGACAUGGACAGUAAGGAACUGCAUGCUUUCCACACUCUUGGACACAACUUUGAAUCUUUUACUCCAUAUGUUCCCAAUUUCUUGGAGCCAUUGGUGCUUACAAAUGAGCACUGAAAUGUUGCUUUUGGAGUACUCAUGGCAACAUUCUUCUGGAAAUUGUUACCUAUGUAAGCUAGCAACCUGGGUGAAUGAAAUCUUUCAGAAUUAGCUGAUGUGUUGCUGGUAAUUUGGAUGUAUUACCACUUGUGCUUUCUGUUUCAGCUUUCAACUAAUACCCAAGCCUGUUGGGAGACAUGUAUGUUGGCAGCUUAACAUAAGCUAGUAACCUUGUGAAUAUAGUUUCCCAGCUUAUGAUGAUUAACCUUUAAAACCACAAUUAUGUGUUCAA